AUUCAUAAGAAAAAUUGACUUCUCCGAAAUACAAUUACCGGACGAGACUCUUCAUCAUGGCACCUCAUUCUAAAAGUAAACGUAUGACUCUGCGUAAAAAAUAUAAAAUACAAAGAAAAGUAAGAGAACAUAAGAGAAAGAUGAGAAAACAACAAAAGAAACAGUCUCGAACCAAAAAGCAUGAAAAAGAACUUCGUAUUCCCAACGCUUUUCCUUACAAAGAACAAAUUCUGGAAGAGUACGCUAAACAAGAACAGACAUUGAAACGAAUACGCUUGGCCAAUAAAUUAAAGGCAACGGCGGUUACUCAGGAAGACAACAGUCAAGAUAGGGAGGAACAAAUAACCACGCAAUCAUCUCUUGAAGAUACCCAAGUAGAAGCCCAAGUAAAAGGAAAUAUUCGAAGACAUGUGAAAGAUUUCAAGCAGUUGGUAAACCAGUGCGAUAUUAUUUUACAAGUUAUUGACGCACGUGAUCCACUUGGAACUCGAAGUAUGAAAGCAGAACAAUAUAUUAUGUCGAAUUUUGGAGGAAGUAAAAGAAUCGUUUUAGUGCUUAACAAAGUGGAUAUGAUUCCUAAUUCCAUUGCAACUCAAUGGAUAGAAUACUUAUCAACAUUCCAUCCUACCGUACCAUUUUGUGCAGCACAUGAAAAAAUAAGAAAAAAGUAUACUCCACAUACGGAAAGUUUGAUGCGGCUAUUGAAAGGAUUCUUAUCGGACAAACAUCAUCAUCAUUCUUCUUCUUUAGUAAUGGUGGGAGUCGUCGGUUAUCCCAAUGUUGGAAAGAGUUCUCUGAUCAACUGUUUGCAUCGUUCUCAAGUAGUAGAAACGGGUCCGAAUCCAGGUGUUACCAAACAUAAUCAGGAGAUUGUGAUCGAUCAACAUAUUCGAUUUAUGGACUGUCCAGGAAUUGUAUUUAUGUCUCAUGAGGAAGACCAUCAUUUAUCGUUGGUUAUUCGAAAUUUUGUAUCCACUCAAAAUGUAGAGGAUCCCUUCCCUUUUAUUGAUGCUAUUAUAGACAAAGUAGGAGUUGAAAAACUAACCACACAAUAUAAUAUUCCUAUUUUUUCCACUCGUGAUGAGUUUCUUGCAUUGAUUGCUAAGAAAAGAGGCAAGUUACAAAAAGGCGGUGCUUUAGAUUUGCAAGCAGCAGCACAUUCCAUAUUAAUCGAUUGGUCACGUGGAAAGAUUCCUUAUUAUACGUCACCUCCUAAAGAUAGUUCUGCUCAGGUACAAUUCUGUUUAUCAGCAUGACAAAGUAUUGAGAAUGUAUUAGGUUUCUGCUUGUGUUGUCGAGACAUAUGAUCCUCCUAUUUCAACCGCUUGAUAAAGAAACAUUUGUAAGAACGUCAACAACUAAAUAAUAGGGCAAUUCGUAAGCCGCUGAAUUUGUCAAUAGUCGUAGAAGGGAUGAUAGUUCUCUUGUCAUUUCUUUGCAAUGAAAAGCCUUUUGUAGAGUUUUAUUCAACCCCUCUGGAUAUUUUCAUCUUCGCCAUUUACUAUUCUGUUAGUGGAAUAAACAAGUUGCGAGUCAUUGACGCUGUUUUAUACAACCAGUCCAUAUAUAGAACGAUUUCCUAUCGACAGAUAACUUACAAAAUAUUUCCCAUAAAAUCUUAUCAUUGAUU